AUAGUUAUCGUCAUUUCUCUUUGGUUUUCUUUCAGUUUUCUACGUUCGCGCCGACGCCAACAAUCAACAUGGAUCCUACAUUGGUGAUUCGCAGUAGUUUAUUGAAAACCUUCCCGGAAAUAAUUUUCUGUCCAACCUGCAAAAAGGUGCUGCACAAACCCACAACAAAUUUUUGUGGACAUACACGAUGUGCUAGUUGCACGAGAGCGGGACCAUGUAUCUGCGGUUUUAGUUCUAACAAGCCGUUGGAAAGUAAUAAAGCUAUAGAAAACAUAUUAAAAGAAAUUAUGAAGUACAGAGAAAAAUGGACAUACAAAAUGCACAUAUCCAGGCCAAAAAAGAUCGGAAUAUAUCGAGCAGUUGCCGAAGACGGAAACUCUAUGAGAAGAUCCAAAUACGUUAUGAAACUAAAUAUAAAUCAAAUAAACGUGUGCAUAAUACCAACGAGAGAGCCCGAUUUAACAAAAUUUGCAGAGUACGUAAACAGAGCGGACAUAGAGUGCCCGAUAUGCAAGGAAACAUUCACGACGCCGAUAACCACGCCCUGUGGACAUAUGUUCUGCAAACUGUGCAUAGAAUGCCAUCUAUUUUAUAACUCAACAUGCCCCUUAUGCGUUGCCCCAUUGAAUCGCUUCAAUACGGAUGAGACAUGCCAGACAAAAUAUAUGGGAAUAGUUCUGUCAUUCAUGGGUUGUUACAAAGAUCCGCCUGCUCAUAAAGAAUAUCUGUUGCCGCUUGUAAAAAUUGGGUCUGGAUACCCUGAAGUAUUGUGUGCAGUUGUAUUUUCUCCAAAUGCCCAAAAGUUUUUAUACAAUUUAUUGAAUUCCACGAAACCCGUAUUUGGUAUAUAUGGCGACUGUAGGAGGGGUGUAAAUGAUUUUGGAACAGUAAUAGAAAUCAGAGACUGCUUACAAUUGCCAAAUGGGUCCUUCUAUGUGACAGGGAUUGGGGUGCGCAGAUUUAAAGUUUUAGGCAGGUACAGACAUGAUAGGUACACCCUGGCCCGCGUUGUUAACAUCUACGAUACGUUGGAUGAGGAUCGAAGUUUCCAUGAAAUUGAGCAUUUGGCCCGCAGUGUUAUAUCCCUGGCUCAUAAUUGGCUCUCAUUAAUGAAACCCGAAAUGCGGCGACGCGUUGAAUUAAUUUUUGGCACACCGACCUUGGAACAAAUAGAUAUAAGAUAUAGAUUUAACAGAAACGGACCAAACUGGCUGUGGAGGCUUAUCAAUAUUCUGCCUAUUAAGAAGUGUUUGUUGUACCUUCUACUAGGCGAGACGAGUCUUUUCCUUCGAAUGUCAGUGGUAAGGCAAUUGACGAAACUGGCCAUACUGAUGGAGCUCCAAAGAUACAAUAUGUCACAGACAAUUUGAAGUGUAUGAAUAAUUAACAGUGCAUUUAUUUACUAUAUCAAUGUACUUUAUGUACUAAUAUGAAUUUAGAAUUGUUUUUGUUUAUUUGGAGAAAGUUAUAUUACGUUACUUUUGUUAUAUUUAUACAUUGAUUCAUUCUAUUAAUUCAUGAGUAAGUAAUUACAGUUGAUUAUGGGUAAUUUUUUAAUGCUGACCCAUUAAUGCCAAGCCGUCGGGUUAAUAAAUUUUGAGGCUGUAGCUGUAACCUAAUGCAGUUACACUUCUUCAAAAUCAUAUUCAUGUUCUUUUUUGCUCAUUUUUUUAUUUAAAAAACACAAAAAAGAAUACCUCCUUAAUACGACUGAUCCAUUUACGUUACGUGUUGAUUAUAUUUGAUUAGUAUUAGGAAUUAGGAUAUAAAAUUCCUGAUAAUUGUGAUCUCAAUAUUAGUUCGCUAGAUAGUUGUAGAAUGGGUUCGCACUAAGGAAAAAUUCGCGUAAAUGUGGACGAUAGGGAACAAUGAUCACAGAUUCAUAAGUCAAACCAGACCUUAAUGAAAUUAUCCAACCAUCAUCUUUAAAUAGUUUGUUGUAACGCACAGAGUAUUAUAUUCCUUUUUUUUCAGACACGACAAACAUAAUUUUAAUACGUUUUACAAAACGAUGUUAUUAGUUUUGGGAAUUUUGCUUACUUUAUGAUAAUAAUUUGGUCCAAAAUGUAAUGUUCUUCACAUAAUAUGCAAUAAAAUUAUUGAAAUUUUUAUAAUUGAAUAAUGAAGAACGUACACAUACAGUCUUAUUUAAGUCAAAAGUAUAUAAGAAAUCUCCAUCCAACAAAUUGUUUUCGCCAUUUACUAUAUUUUUUCCAACUGUUGUGUAUAAAUUGUUCUACCGAAUUGCGACAGAUAUAUGAAAGACUUAUAUGGUGUGUUCCAAAAUUUAACACGACCGAUAUUGUUUAGUGCGAAUCUAGAAUAAGAAUACACUAUUGUGGUAUUAGUUAAGGAAGAAACGUAAGUUUUUCGUUAUAAUUUUUGUAAUAAAAACCAAUGAUGAA